AUGAUCCACACUCACAGUGAAAAUCUCUCCAUUCGACUCGGCCCUGUCUCCACCACCUUUAGCAGCACCUGUCACGCACUGUUGGACAGAUUCCAGGAGGAGAACUCCGACCAGAUGUUCCCUCGUCACCUGAUCUCAGACUACGACAGCCCAAUUACCUCCUGUGAUUUUGAAUCACUCUGCCUCUGGACUUUAUCAAAUCACAGCGACCAAAGUGACUGGCCAGUGGUGUCGCCACAGCAACCGGAAAGGGCACAGGUUGGGAUGAUGCCUGUGACCGACCACUCAGAGGGAAGCUCUGACGGGCACUUCCUGCUCCUGAGCUCCUCCUUGACUGCUGAGGCCUCUGGGAGAAGGGAGUACCACUUAACCAGCCCGGCCCUGUCAGGUAGCAGCAAGCACUGCACCCUGCAGGUGGCUCUGUACGAGUCCCAUCCAGCCUCGGGGAACCUGACGCUGCUGAUCCAACCAGUUCUGUCAGACGUGCCUGUCCACUCUGUUGCCGUCAAUCGCGAGAGCCGAGACGAGCGCAGGGCUGGGUGGGUGGUUGUGGAGAGCGUGAUUGGCCAGGUGGACGAGCCCUUCGAAGUGACCCUGCUCUACACUUCCUCUCUGCGUGAGGGCGGCAACACUGUGGCUCUGGACUCUCUGGAGCUCAUAGACUGUGAAUCAGACCACCAGGAAGCUGUGUGUGGAGACUAUUUCCACUGUGUUCACUCUGAAGACUGCAUCCACCCGAGCCUGGUGUGUAAUUUCCACACUGACUGUCCGUACGGUGAGGACGAGGGCUUCAUCUGUGGUGCUCUUCCGUCUGGCUCAUACUGCUCGUUCGAACAGGACACAUGUGGCUGGUCUGUGUCCAAACAGCUCUCGGCCUGGAGGAGGGUCGCUGGAGACGAGCUUCUGGACAAGGAGGACAUGCAGGGUGCCACUCUGCAGAGUACACCAGGUCACUUCUUGUUUCUGCAGGUAAGAGACAGUAAUUCACUUCGAGAGGCUUCCGUUCAGAGCUCAUCUUUCCCUCCUCCAGUCUCCUCUGCUGCCUGCCAGCUGCGCUUCUCUCUGUAUAUGUAUGGGGAUUUUAAUGGUUCACUGCUGGUGGCUAUAGAGGAGAACGGGACCAGCACCGCACCGCUGGUCUGGGAGAGAAAUGGUCAGCGGGCAGACGACUGGGAAGAUGUUGCCCUGCAGUUGACUGGCCUCCAUCAUGGGUUCCAUGUGAAGGUGACAGCUGUGUGGGGACAAGGCUCCAAUGCUGAUGUUGCUCUCGAUGACAUUGCAAUUGGAGCGACCUGCUUCGAAUCAGAUAUCAACUCUCUGCUGCCCAUGACGGGCCUGGAGGAUCUCUUCAGCCCCCUUCCAGAGCCCUCAGCCUCAGAGGUUUCUCUUAUGACGUGGUGGUUUAACUCGUGCGGUACCAGUGGUCCUCAGGGCCCGACCCAGGCCCAGUGCGACAGCACCUACAGGAACAAAAACGUCAGUGUCACCGUGGGGAAGGAGGUGCCGCUGAGAGGAGUCCAAAUGUGGAGAGUACCUGCUACCAACAGAUAUCUGAUCUCUGCCUAUGGGGCCGCAGGAGGGAAAGGAGCCAAAAACCACAACAAACGCAACCACGGCGUCUUCAUUUCCGCCAUAUUUCCUCUGGAGAAAGGAGAUGUACUCUACAUCCUGGUGGGCCACCAGGGAGAGGACGCAUGCCCGGGGAGGAAUCCUCACACUCAGAAGAUCUGCCUGGGCGAGUGGUCGGUGAUCGAAGACGACCUCAGAGGAGAGGCUGGCGCUGAGUGGGCUGGAGGGGGAGGGGGAGGAGGCGGAUCUACCUACAUCUUUAAGAUGGAGAGUGGCGAGCUCAUUCCAUUGCUGAUUGCAGCUGGUGGAGGAGGAAACGCUUAUCUGGAGGACCCGGAGUCCAGUUUGGACCAGAUACCACUGGAGCACUAUGAAAACAGCACCAUAAGACCCAGCAGCAAUGGACGAACUGGUGCUGCAGGUGGAGGUGGAGGCUGGAAAGACGAUCCCAGUCCUCACGUGAGAGCUGGAAAGUCUCUGGUGGAGGGCGCCGAGGGGGGGGCCUCGUGUCCACUUGCCCUGUCCAAGCUCAGCUGGUCCACCUUCGGGGGUUUUGGAGGUGGAGGUGGAGCCUGCACAGCUGGAGGUGGUGGAGGAGGGUACAGAGGAGGUGACGCGGCGCUGACGGACGAGAUCACAGCCGACGGUCAGAACGGCGUCUCCUUCAUUCAUCCAAUGGGAGAGAUCUUCCUGCAGCCUCUGGCAGUGAUGGAGAGUCACGGCGAGUGUGAGAUCAAGGUGCAGCUGAACUGCAGCCACUGUCAGACGCAGAGCUGCAAACGUGAUGAAGACACUCACCUCAUCCUCUGCCUCUGCGACGAAGACGAGGUCCUGGCCAGCGACAAUGUCACGUGUGUCGGUACUGUAGCAGCUCCUCAGGGUCCAGCUCCGCAGGGCCAGAUGUCGACGCUGCUGAUCCUGGCGGUCGUGGUCUCCACCGUCGCGAGUGGCAUCGCGCUGAUCUGCGCCAGCGUCAUCCUGAUGUGGUACCGCAGAAAGAACGACCUGCAUGCAGUGAGGGGGCGUCUGCAGAGUCCAGAGUACAAGCUGAGCAAGAUCCGCUCGUCCACCAUCAUGACGGACUACAACCCCAACUACUGUUUUGCGGGGAAGGCUGCGUCACUCAGUGAACUGAAGGAAGUGCCUCGCAAAAACAUCACGCUGCUCAGAGCUCUCGGCCAUGGUGCAUUUGGUGAAGUCUAUGAAGGACAACUUCUGGGGAUGAGCGGUGACAACAGUCCAAUGCAGGUGGCCAUAAAGACUCUUCCAGAAAUCUGCUCCGAACAAGAUGAAAUGGAUUUCCUGAUGGAGGCGCUUAUAAUGAGCAAGUUCAGCCAUGAGAACAUUGUGCGCUGCAUCGGCGUCAGUCUCAACAUCUUGCCUCGCUUCAUCCUGCUGGAGCUGAUGACCGGAGGAGACAUGAAGAGUUUUCUGAGGCAGAACAGGCCACGAGCUGGCCAGACCUCUUCUCUCACUAUGCGGGAGCUGCUGCGGAUCGCCAAAGACAUCGCCUGUGGCUGUCGCUACCUGGAGGAGAACCACUUUAUUCACAGAGACAUUGCUGCCAGAAACUGCCUGCUUACUUACCCUGGACCGGACAGAGUGGCUAAAAUUGGAGACUUUGGCAUGGCACGGGAUAUUUACAGAGCCAGCUAUUACAGGAAAGGGGGUCGUGCCAUGCUGCCAGUUAAAUGGAUGCCACCGGAGGCCUUUAUGGAGGGAAUCUUUACCUGCAAGACGGAUACAUGGUCAUUUGGAGUGCUGCUGUGGGAGAUCCUCUCCUUGGGCUACAUGCCCUAUCCUUGUAAAACCAACCAGGAGGUGCUAGAGUUUGUCACCAGCGGAGGGAGAAUGGAUCCUCCCAAAGGUUGUCCAGGGCCUGUCUAUCGGAUCAUGACCCAGUGUUGGCAGCACUGUCCCGAACACAGACCAAACUUUUCCACUAUCCUGGAGAGAAUCAACUACUGCACUCAGGACCCAGACGUGAUCAACACACCCCUGCCAGUAGAAUAUGGCCCCAACACAGACGAUGAUAGCGGCAAAUUAAUCCGUCCCUCUGACCUCACCUCCAGCAGCCUCACACCGCUCCUCGUGUCCCACCCUGUUACCCAGGAUGCCCCCUCACAACUGGGGCUCUCCUCUCUAGGCCUAGGCCCGACUCCCCUUCCUCCACAGCCCACCAAACCUCGUCUACUCCUCCAGAGAAUCCAACCUGUCCACCAGGAGGUGACAUCAUACCGGGAGGCCCUGCAGCCGUCCUGGGCUGAGCCUGUUCCUGCCCCUGGUUUGUCAGCAGCAGCAGCAGCAGGAAGCCACUGGCUCCACCCUGAGCCUCCGCACCACCGACCUUGUUCCAGGAACAGCUCCUCUUCAGGGAGCCAGAGGCUGAAGAACAAGACCAAGAACCUGUGGAACCCCACAUACAGCUCCUGGGUUUUGGAAAACUUAAGAGGGAAGAAAACACUGGCUCAUACUCAGUCCAUGCCACUCUCCAGCUCCACGUCCACCAACACCUCCUGCAGCCCAGCUUUAGAGAGCAACGAGGCUGAGUUCGACAGCACCAGCAGCUCCCACCUCAGCCCUUCCAGCCUCUGCUCUUCCCCAACUUCAUCCCCUUCUUGCCAGCCCCAUGUUGCCCAGAGUUCAUCCUCAAAUAAGUCCCCAGCAGGUGGGACAAUGAAAGCUGGCAUGGACCUGGCUAAGCUGCAGAGUUUCCCCUGUGGUAAUGUCAACUAUGCCUAUGACGAGCAAAGCUAUGAGGCAGAGAGCCUGCCCCUGGUUCUACCCAAAGCUUCAGAAGCUGUCGCAAACACCAGCUCUGCCCCGAGUGUUUCCUCAGGGACCAGCCUGGGACUGACGUUUAGCCUCCAUGCCCCCUCCUCUUGUGUGCCCAAACUGCUGCUGAAGCGUCACGCCAGCUAUGGCCACGAGGACGUGAGGAGACAAACCAAAGCUGAGAAACCCACACGUGACCGUGACUCAGGUUUUUCCCUGUCCGAAGACCUCAGCGUUACCCCAAUCUGA